AAAGGGGAGGGGAUGGUACUUAAACAUGUAAAGCGCGGUUCAUUACUGCGUUUUAUAUACUUGCUGUAAAUCGCAAUUUGUUACCGCGUUCUAUAUAAAACGCGGUAAAGAAUCGCGUUUUAUGUAGAAAUGUAACUUUUUCUUUUUACACUUAAAAAAGUAUUUUGAGUCCUAAAGAAUCACAUUUAGGUUCCGAACUCGCCCAAAGGUGUACUUAAAUUCUUUAUAUAUAAUGGGGAUAGGUAGCUUGGUGUGUGUAGCUACAGAGAGACAGUCCGUGCUUUGUCUGCUCAUUUCACUAUCUAGAGAGAGAGAGAGAGCGCGCGAGAGAGAUGGGGAAUUGCCAAACUAUUGAUAAUGCAGCUUUGCUCAUACAACACCCCAAUGGUAAAGUGGAAAAGCAUUAUUCUGCAGUAACUGCUCGCCAAAUUAUGAAGAUGAAUCCGGGCCAUUAUGUUGCUCUUCUUCUCAGCACCACCACCACUAUGUCCCCACCCUCAAACAAAACAACUACCAACAGUAAUAUUAGCCCGAUACGAAUUACGCGAAUAAAGGUUCUCAAGCCAACUGAUACCCUUGUUCUUGGUCAUAUUUACAGACUAGUUACUGCUCAAGAGGUAAUGAAAGGAUUGUGUGCCAAGAAGUAUGCAAAGCAGAAACAGUUUGAAUAUUCAGAGGACAAAAUGACACAGAUAUUACAUUCUAAGGCAGGUGUUAGAACAUCUGUUCAGGACAACUCUAAACAGGUUAAACAUCGAAAGUCUAUAGGUGCAAAAUCAAGAGCUUGGCAUCCCUCAUUGCAGAGCAUAUCUGAGGUUGCAGGCUGAUUUGUAAUGCUUCAAUGUUUGAUUAAAGAGAGUCCAAUUAUUCUCAGGAGCAAAAAUGAUGCCAGAUUAUAAGUUCAGGAGAUGGAAUUGGUGGUUUCUCAAAUUCAAGUUAAGAGUAGCUUAUGCGGAAUUAGUCACAUGUAUAGCAAAGGAAAAACGAUAAAUAAGAUCUCCUACAUUUAUUGUUUGGAUGCACUUAUUCAAUUGAAAUUACUUAUAAGCACCAAAUUUUGUUUAAUUGAAAAGUUAAUAAGAUAAAUGGAUAUAUCUAAUGGAAUGGAUCAUUCAAACAGA